GAUGCAAUAACAAGUUAUUAAUUCCUUAAUUUUCUAGACUCAAGAAAAAUGCAUUAGACAAUUAAUCAUUCCAGAAUGUACAAGUAGAAGUGAUCAAAAAAGUCAAUCUGUAUAAGAUGACGGCUCAAAAAAAACUUUGUUAAGACUUGCAGACCAAGAAGUACCUUCUUCAAUAGGAUUUCUAAUGUCAAAUUAAAAUAAACAGGAUUCAUAUUCAUAGCUAUAGUUAGAUUAAUAAGAAAACGAUUUCUAAUAAUAGAGUAAUAACAAAAAGAAAGGUAAAAUAUUUGCCAUAUUUUAUUAUUAUUUUUAUAGAAAGAAAAAAACAUCACAGCCUCAAAUAUUUAAGUCGCUAGGUUCACAGUCUCGUCGGAUCACUAAGAGAAACCACUUAUAAACAGAUGGCAGAUUUGCUUGCUUCAGAAAUAAGUAAAUCAAGUUUAUCUGUAAAUAUAAUAAUUAAAUUUUUAUAUUUUCUAGUCAGAAAGUAAAAACCUCAAACGUAGAGUUUAUGAUUCCAUUAAUGUAAUGGUUGCUCUAGGAGUGCUAGAAAAGCAGAAAAAGAUUAUAACAAAAGGAUCGAUGUUUCAAUAGAAUCAUAUGACAAGUAGAUAUGCUAGAGAUACAAGAGACAGAUAUGAAAUGUUAAGAGUACAUUUUAAUAAUAAGCAUUAGCAAUAACAAUAUGAUGAACUCAAAAGAAAGAAGAUCUUAUUUUAAAAAUUGACAGAUUAGGCAAAAAGAAUAAAUACCUUAAUUGAUCAAAAUAAGUAUUAUACUUAAACAAUAUCUAUAUUAGACCUCUCUAAAAAGACGAAUCAGACUUCCUACAAGGUCAAUAACGUAAAAUAUAUCAAUUCCCAAUCAUGAUAUUUAAAUUACCAUAAAAUGCAAAAGUAUUAUAAUGAAUUAUACAAUAGCUUAAUAUCAUACCUAUAGAAGGGAAAUCUUAGGUCUAGAUUUUUUCAGAUCAUGAAAUUAAAAUUAUAGGAGAUUAUGAUAUUUUGCCUUUAAUCAAAAGAGUUGAAGAAGCAAAAGAUAAAAUAAUUCCUGGACCAAUGUUGAAUUUAUGAU